AUGGAGCAGACCUUCGACCUCCCCGACUCGACCGAUUGGCUUGACACGCCACUGUCUCUCGUCGCGCCCCUCGAGUCCUCCCUCCGAUGCCAGGUCUGCAAGGAUUUCUUCGACAAUCCGGUGAUCACAUCAUGCAGUCAUACCUUCUGCUCGCUUUGCAUUCGACGGUGUUUGAGCACAGAAGGGAAAUGCCCCGCGUGUCGGAGCUCGGAUCAGGAAUUGAAGUUGCGGCGAAAUUGGGCAGUCCAGGAACUGGUGGAGGCGUUCCAGAACGCUAGGCCUAGUGUUUUGGGUUUGGCAAAGAAGGCUGCUGCGCAGGAGAAAGGUCUUUGUGACGGCGAGGUAGAGGGGCCAGCAUCGAAGAAGAGGAAGAUUGAGUCGUCAGAAGAAUCUGCGGCUACGGGCUCGGAGGGCGUGAGGACUCGAUCGCAAACCCGGGGGGUGGGCUCUCAAGAGGACCCGGUUGCGAUUGAGGUGAUUGAGGACAGUAACGAUGAGGAAUACAUCCCGGAUGAUGGGCUGGUCGCGUGCCCCAUCUGCAAACGGAGGAUGAAGAAUGAAGCCGUAUUCCGACAUCUAGAUAGCUGCACCGGAGAAGCAGCGCCGCCGAAACAGUUAAAUUUUGGCUCGUUACAGCCUAUGUCGCCGGCAUCGCGGAAAUCGAAAGAUGUCAUGAACAGGCCACCCGAAAGACUCCCGAUCAUAAAUUAUUCUCUAUUGAAAGACACUGUGCUCCGGAAAAAGUUGAGAGAUUUGGGUAUACCGAACAUGGGCCCGCGCCCCCUCCUGCAACGGCGUCACACCGAGUGGAUGAAUUUAUGGAAUGCGAACUGCGACUCCAAAACGCCCAAGUCCAAACGAGAAUUGCUGCGAGAACUGGAUAUAUGGGAGCGAACGCAAGGAGGCCAAGCACAGCCGUCAGGGGACAUUACCGAUACCGUGAUGCGCAAAGACUUUGAUGCGACGGCAUGGUCAACGAAUCAUGAAGAUGACUUCAAGCGGCUGAUCGCGAAUGCGCGAAAGAAAACCGAGGCUCACGUGCGCACGACGAUAUCGCCGGCCUCUGCAGGCGCGAGCCAGCCUCCCACUGUGCCCAUUGUCGAAGCCACCAUCGCAACAGAAGAUGCCCAACCCGUGGAGAAGUUGCCUGUAGAAGACAAACCCGUAAGCGUCGGAGAGAACGAAGUGCAGAUAUCUCAGGAGCCGAGCGACAUGCACAUGAGCAAUGCGCACAGCUAA